GUCCGAGGUAUGGCUGCGGAAAGCAGCAAGCAGUUCUGGAAGCGGAGCGCGAAGCUACCGGGCAGUAUUCAACCUGUAUAUGGAGCUCAGCAUCCUCCACUGGACCCACGGCUCACUAAAAACUUCAUCAAGGAACGCUCCAAGAUCAACACGCUAUCUAUGAAAAAUAAGAAGGCCAGCAGUUUUCAUGAGUUUGCUCGGGACACUAGUGAUGCUUGGGAUAUUGGGGAUGAUGAAGAUGAAGAUUUCUCAUCUUUCCAAACAUUGAACUCUAAAGUGGCCAAGGCCACAGCAGCACAAGUCCUAGAAAAUCACAGCAGGCUGCGUAUGAAACCCGAGUGGCCCCAGGCAGCUCUCAGCGAUGCACCAAUCAAUUGUAAAGUCAUCAAAUCCAACAGUGAGGCCCAGCUAUCCAGAGGACCUGAGGAUGCCUGUAUGCGCAACCCCCUCCACAAACAGCAAUCCCUUCCACUCCGACCCAUCAUUCCACUUGUCGCUCGCAUCUCUGACCAAAAUGCUUCUGGGGCUCCUCCCAUGACGGUGCGUGAGAAAACUCGCUUGGAAAAAUUCCGGCAGCUUCUGUCCAGCCAAAACACAGAUCUAGAUGAAUUGAGGAAAUGCAGCUGGCCUGGUGUCCCCAGAGAGGUUCGUCCUGUGACUUGGCGACUUUUAUCAGGUUAUCUCCCUGCCAAUAUGGAACGAAGGAAGCUGACUUUACAACGAAAACGAGAAGAGUAUUUUGGGUUCAUACAACAGUAUUAUGAUUCCAGAAAUGAGGAGCACCAUCAAGAUACCUAUCGGCAGAUCCAUAUAGACAUUCCACGGACAAAUCCUCUCAUCCCUCUGUUCCAGCAACCAUUAGUUCAAGAGAUCUUUGAACGAAUCCUGUUUAUCUGGGCCAUCCGACACCCUGCCAGCGGCUACGUGCAAGGGAUUAAUGACCUGGUCACUCCAUUCUUUGUUGUGUUCCUCUCUGAAUAUGUUGAAGAAGAUGUGGAGAACUUUGAUGUAACAAACUUAUCUCAAGAUGUGCUGCAAAGCAUCGAAGCUGACAGCUUUUGGUGUAUGAGCAAACUGCUGGAUGGGAUCCAGGACAACUACACAUUUGCACAACCAGGGAUCCAAAAAAAAGUCAAAGCACUGGAGGAACUUGUCAGUCGUAUUGAUGAGCAGGUACACAGUCACUUUAGGAAGUAUGAAGUGGAGUACUUGCAGUUUGCCUUUCGCUGGAUGAACAAUCUCCUGAUGAGGGAGCUUCCUCUUCGCUGCACCAUUCGCCUUUGGGACACUUAUCAGUCUGAGCCUGAGGGAUUCUCUCAUUUCCAUUUAUAUGUCUGUGCUGCAUUCUUGAUUAAGUGGCGGAAAGAGAUUUUGGAUGAAGAGGACUUCCAGGGCCUUCUAAUGUUACUACAGAAUCUACCCACCAUACACUGGGGCAAUGAAGAGAUUGGACUCCUCCUUGCUGAAGCCUACAGACUAAAGUACAUGUUUGCAGAUGCUCCCAAUCACUAUCGUCGAUAGGCAGUAGGGGGUCUGCCUUUGCUUCUCAUUGUGCUGGCACAGUUUCAAUCACUGUGGCAUUCGAUCACCUAAGCCCUCGGACACACUGACCAGGAGCCCAAUCUUUGCUGUAAAAAAGCUCCCAUCAGACUUCUGUCUUCACUUUUGUGUGUGCCUGCCUGCCACUCCAUGUGUGGACAUGCCACUCCAGAAACCAUUAGUGUCCUGCUGUGAUGAUGGCCUGAGCUUGGAUGGAAGUGAAAUGAAUAAACAGAACUUCUGAAUGCCUUCCAAGUUUCAGCCUAGAUAAUCUAAGUCUUUGCAGCCUCUUGUUAACCUGCUAAGCACAGACAAACUCAUGCACUUCCUGUUUGGCCUGUUUCUUUUUUUUCUUGUUUCCCCCUGUUUCUUCUUCGGCAGUUGUUUAAACUCCCCAAUGAAGAUGCCUUACAAAGAGUCCUGCCCAAGAGAAGGCAGUGCUGUUGAACACAAGACACUCUCAGGCCUUAGCUUCACUCUGCAUGUCUGAAGAAGUGAAGCAUUUCAGGCAUUAACAAAAGACAUAUAUACUUCAUGUGCAUGCUGCCACAUUCCUUUUGUGCAGCAUCUCUGUGUGGGAUGAUGCACAUACAUUGAAAAGGCUGUCUAGUUCAUGCACAAUUCAGAAAAAUACAAGUGAAUUAAAAACAACUCCACCUGUAAUUGUUGGAUUGCCUAACCUGGUAUGUGCACUGAACGUAGGUGAGGGGGGGGGAGCUGUGCUUUUCCCCCCCUUCUUUUUUAGAAAAAAAAAUCCUUUCUGUGACAAUGACACUCCUGUAAGGCAUUAUAUGUAAAUUGUGUUCUUGUGUAUAUGGGUAAAGGUUGUACAAUAUAAGUCGUCUGUUUGUAGCAGAUAUGAUUUUAUAUUUAUAGUCUGCCUCUCUGGCGUGCAAACGCUGCCUAGGUUACAAAUAACGAUGGGCCUCCUGCUUCCUCUGUCCAUCAGGUUUUGAAGCUGUCAACACAUCUGCACUAGCACAUUUAUUCUUCCCCAGAAUGCACAUUUCAUUUUUAUUAGAGGGAAAAAAAUUGACUCCAAAGCAGAAUGACAUUGCAUGACCUCCAGUGCCAAGGAAUUUGAGG